GCGCAGCCAAAUAAUCAAAACAAAACAUUAAAUAAAUCGAAUACAAGCAGAGUUAUUUACCGGACGAAUAAACAGUAUUUCACAGAUAAACAGCGGUCUCCAAAAACAUGGUUUGCGAGAAAUGUGAAAAAAAGUUGGGCAAGGUAAUUACCCCAGAUCCUUGGAAGGCUGGAGCACGUAAUACGACCGAAGGGGGAGGUCGAAAAAUUAACGAGAAUAAAGCGCUGAGUAGCGCAAAGCAACGAUUCAACCCUAUAGCAGCCAAUUUCAAACCCUGCCGCAUCUGUAAACAAAAAAUCCAUCAAGCUGGGUCCCACUACUGCCAACAGUGCGCCUACAAAAAAGGAAUCUGUGCUAUGUGUGGUAAGAAGUUGCUGGACGUAAAAAAUUAUCGCCAAUCUUCGGCUUAACUGGAAUCCGUAACCAGGUUUGUCAUACUCUAACUGUCUAGAAUAAUUGAAAAGAAUGUACAACAUAACUAUUAUCAUAAAUACUCUGUGUGUACUUUAACAGCACAA